UGAAAGGUCUCUAAAAAUGAAGAAAAUUCUAAUUUUCGGGUUUCUUGUGAUAUUUUUAAUCUCCAUAAGCAACGCUGACGUCACCCACAAUGUUUGGGGCGCGAAAUAUACGACAACAACGAGCGCAACGACAGAAACCACGCCAGAAACUUCGACAUUUCCCAUGAACGAUGACUUUGACAGUAAUAAUUUGAGUGAUGUGAAUAUUUUAGGGGCUCCUGCGGAAGGCGAUGAGGAAGAAACGGCAUCUGAAGUCGUAGAGGAAGUUACGACAGAAGAAGUUGAAGAGACAGAAGCAACAACUGAGGCAGAAACAACGACGCCUGAGACAACAACUCGAACAACAACUACUACGAGCACGACAAAAAAGCCUCCAACGACGACCAAAAAGCUUCAAAAUAACUUCGUUGAAGUAAAAUUGAUGGAUAUUCUCGACAAAAAACCAGUUGAAGACGAAACAGUGACAGAAAAACCUUCAGAUAAUUCAGAUUGCGAUUCGUGUGAUUGCUCUGAUGGAUGCGAUAAGGGACAGAAUUGUAAACCAUGCUGCGGCGGAAUUAAUUUCCAUUCCGUGAAUAACGGAGGAAAUUUUACUUUCAACGCAGAUUUUAGAAAAGGUUGUAAAAAUGCCGGAUGUAACUGAUUUUCGAUGAAGAGAAAAAAAGGGAAUUGAGGAAAUUUAUAAAAAACAUUUAAUUGCGGACAUGGGAAAAAAUCAAUAAACUAAU